AUGAAGUUCUCACUUCUGUCAGGAUUGGCUACGGCCGCGCUGUUCGCCAGCUCAGCUACUGCUCAGGCUGCAGGCACCAUUGAUAAUGGCCCGUUCCCUGAGGAGCUCAAUGGUUCCAACUUCACCUACCCGUGGCCGGUCAAGCUGUUCAAGUUCAAGAGCCAGGGUCAGGACCUCCAAAUGGCCUUCAUGGACGUCAAGCCGACUUGCAAGGCUAACGGCAAGACGGCUGUGAUGUUCCAUGGCAAGAACUUCUGUGGCCCGACUUGGCAGGAUACCAUCCGCGUGCUGGCCGCCAGAGGCUACCGCGUCAUUGCUCCCGAUCAGAUUGGUUUCUGCAAGAGUUCCAAGCCCGAUGCGUACCAGUUCAGCCUUAACCAGUUUGCCUGGAACACGCGUGGUCUGCUCAAUACCGCUGGUGUUGGAAACGUCACCGUCAUUGGCCAUUCCAUGGGCGGAAUGAUGACUGCUCGCUUUGGUCUCCAAUACCCCGAGACCAUUGAGAAGAUGGUCAUGGUCGACCCUGUCGGUCUGGAGGACUAUGUUCAAAAGGGCGUUCCCUACAUCAGCAUCGACCAGUCCAUCGUCACCGAGGCCGCCUCCACCUACCAGUCUAUCAAGGGUUACGAGCAGGAGGUCUACUACGUCGGACAGUGGAAGCCCGCCUACGACACCUGGGUCAACAUGCUUGUCAACAUCUACAACGGCCCCAAGCGCAACGCAUAUGUGAAGAACCAGGCUCAGAUCGUCGACAUGGUUCUCACCUCUCCCGUCGCCCACUACUUCGGUGACAUCAAGCCCCGUACGCUUCUCAUCGUCGGCGACAAGGACAAGACUGCCAUUGGAGCUCAGUGGUCGCCUCCCGCCGUUGCCGCUAAGCUCGGCCACUUUGACAUUCUUGGUCCCGAGGUUGCCAAGCAGCUGCAAAACGGCGAGCUGUACCAGUUCCCCGAGUUGGGUCACGCUCCCCAGCUUUCUGACCCUGACAGCUUCCACAAGGUCCUGUUGGCGUUCUUGAAGAAAUAA